AAUAGUGAAGGCAAUUUUAGAAUCGACAGCUCCUCUGGUGAUAUAUACUUGAAUCGUCCCUUGUUGCCUCUACUUCAGACGACUUCGAGGUUUAUGUCCACUAUUUACAAACCUUCAUCAGUAAUUUCUACUGGACUUGUAGAAACUCCACACUCCGGGGGCUCUAAUGCCAUGGCAAGUUCCUCUGAGGUAAAUUCGACUCCUCUACUCGGCUUGGAUACAUGGCCGCGCAUUUACAGAUUUACUGUAUCGGCUGAGGAUGCUGGACGACCAGUUUCCAGAAGUAACCACACUGAGGUAAUAGUGCGUCUUGCUCCGGAACCUGGAGGAGUGGAUCUUGCUUGUCCUCGCUUUCGUCUUGACUUGUCAGACUAUAGCACAUCUGCAGAAGGAAUUACUGGCAAGCUUCAAGGUGUUGUGCUCAGACUGAUGGUUAUGGAAAACAGGGCUCCAGGCUUUGUUAUAGCCACUCUUUCUCGUCUCAUCGAGCCACUAUCUUCUGGCGCUGAAAAUCUCUCUCCACGUCACUUCCGACUAUUACGCACCUCUACCUAUACUAAGCCAGGUCAGCCCGGAUUGAGUUCUUGGCCAGCAGACGAUCUCUUCAUGGUGACACCUAACACAGGUCUUUUAGUGACGCGUAUUCACUUAGAUCGCGAACGACAUGGAGAACUUCAUCAGAUGGUCAUUGAAGUUCUUGGUGAGGACGGCAUUCGUGCACAGGUGGCUGAUCGUCUUAUAGUCGAAGCUAAGAUCGAGCUAUUGGACAUGCAAUGA